AAAACAUGGAAAUUUCAAGCACCAGUAGCUCCAGCUCAAGCUCCAGUGAUGAGGAACUUAUUAUUCUGAUGAAUGAGGAAAGCCGCCGGAAAAGACGCCGAUAUUGGAUACAUCCCAUAGCUACGAGAAGAGAAGAACAUGGGGAGUUUUAUCGACUGGUACAAGAGCUGAAAAUGUAUCAUGAGCGUUUUCGGGGGUAUUUUAGAAUGUCCGUCAGUGAGUUCGAAAAUUUACUUCAACAACUGGCUCCCUCGCUGACAAAAGAACAGACACACUACCGUAAACCGAUCGAUCCAGAACAGCGUUUGGCCGUGUGUUUACGUUUUCUGAGCACUGGGGACUCGUACCGCACUAUUGCGUCCAGCUUUCGACUUGGUGUGUCAACUGUGGCUUCGAUAGUGAGUGAAACCUGUGAUGCAUUGUGGCAUUGCCUCAGAGAUGAACAUUUGCCAGUGCCUACUGAAGAGAUGUGGAGGAAUACAGCCAGGAGGUUCCAUGAACGAUGGAAUUUCCCUAACUGCUUGGGAGCCAUGGAUGGGAAACACGUAUACAUCCAGGCCCCUGCAAACUCUGGUUCUCUGUACUUUAAUUAUAAAGGUACGUUCUCCGUUGUAUUGCUGGCCUUAGUUGAUGCAGAUUACCGCUUCCUGGUGGUUGAUGUGGGGAGCUAUGGCAGCAACAGUGAUGGAGGCAUCUUUGCUAAUUCUGUGUUGGGAAAGGCACUCAGAGAUGGAACACUGAAUGUCCCCCCAACAAAUGAACUUCCAGGUGCUCCUGAGCUGGGAAAAGUUAACCAUGUCAUUGUGGCGGAUGAAGCUUUUCCCCUGAAACCAUAUCUCCUCCGGCCAUACCCUGGACGCCGCCUCCCCACAGACAAGAGAAUUUUCAAUUAUCGUUUGUCUCGGGCACGGCGCAUCUCUGAAAAUGUGUUUGGCAUACUCAGUCAACGCUUCCGGGUUUUCCGAAGAACUUUGCAGGUUCAACCAAGUGUUGUUGACCAAGUUGUCAAAGCUGCUUGUGUUUUGUGCAAUUAUUUGCGCCCGAAAGGAAACGGUCAGAAUCAUGCCGCAGAGGAUGACCAAGACUGUGAGCAAACACUACAAGGCUUUGAACAUUGUAGGGGGCAGCGGGCAUCUGUGGAGGCACAGAAUGUCAGAGAACUGUACAAGGAGUACUUCAACUCGCCCGCAGGAGAGGUUGCUUGGCAGUAUGACCAUGUGAACCAUGGUCUGGGGAACAGAUAAAAUCAAACUGUACAUUUUGAGCCAUGUUGAUUACAUUUCCCACUGUGAAAACCGCUAUUGUGUGUGUCAAUUUCUGUGAACUUGAAUACACUAUAAAAUCUUUUUGCAA